AGAACCAGAAAACGGAAACAAGAAACCCAUGUGACAUAAGUUGUCCAAUCAAAAAACAUAAUACAUGACGUCGUAUACCGAGAGCCAAAUAUCAAUUUAUCGGGGAAUGCGAAAGGAAAUGCAUUUUUCUCAUUAAUAACCGCAAAAAAACAAGUAAUGAGUGUUAACAAUCCCAACUUUUCUGUGGGACAAGGGGACCGGCGAGUGGAUGAAGCACAGAAACAGGAGCUGUUGGGACGAAUCCAAAAAGCCCAUAUUGGGUCAACCGCUGCAAGCCCUCUGUCUUUGAAUAUGAGCCAUGCAGUGUCUACAUACCAGGUAACAAAGACCUUGACACGCCAGAUUGCCCCUGUUCCUGGGAACACCGUACUCGGCGGAAUUGCAAAACAUUCGAUAACAAGCUUAAACCCUGCUAUUCACAAAAAAGAGAUUCAGAAAGCCCCAUUGUCGCUGACUUCUACUGCUGCUAUCACCACCAUUGCUGGUACUGGUAUCAUACCUGUGCAGAUCAGUGGGCCGAGCACCACCACAGCCACAAGCAGCACCUUGCAUGUGCCAAAUGUGAGCUCCAUCGUGCGGGGAUCUGUCCCAACAUUACAUCAUCCAACGCAGUUUUCACAUCUACCGAGAGGUGUUGUGGCUUCAGCGCAGGUGAGAUCAGGCUCUGCAGUGAAUAUACAGAGACAGACCCUUCCUACAUCAAUGCAGGCCACAGCUUUAAGUUUACAGGGACAAAUACGAAAUGUCAUUCCACAUAUGAUUCGGCCAGGUACGCCACCUACUAACAGGUCGGCCUCACCAGCAAUCAGUAUAGGGUCAGCACAGACUUCAGAUGCUCAUAGAGCAAGUAUAUCCCUCCAUAAUGUAACAACAGUUGGCAACACGCCAAGUAUUCAGAUAACGUUACAAGCUUCUCGUACCCAGGCAGACUUGGCGGGUAAACCUGUCGGCAGUCUCCAGCCUGCUAAGAUUAGUAAUCAAGCACUGAACAUGUCGUCGCAACCCAAGGUCGUGAUGACUCCUCCAUUGACACAGGUCUUGCAACACCCGACAUUGGCUGCUAAAGGAAAUAGAGGUCAGCCAGUUGGAACAGCUCCAUUGUCAACGGUAACAGUAGCUUUAUCGACAACGACUGUUACCAUACCAAUCAUCAGUUCUGGGCCUACGUCAACUACAAUUCCUAUAGCAAAAGUUCCUCCCCAGAGACAGCAUAUCACUCAACAGCCUCCACAGAGCCAUGCUGUACCUACCACAAUAGCCGUCUCCAGUCUCGCAGAACAUCGCUCAGAGUCCUCCAGCUUUCCACAACCCCAGCCAGCUCACGCCCACACUGCCCCAGCCACACAGAGUCACACAGCACAAGUUCACAGUACCCAGUCUCAACUGCCCGCACACAGCCAGGCUGCCAGUAGUCUGUUUAUGUACAGGAGUUCACCUAUAGUUACAACGUCGAAUACACCACAUACCGAGUCUAGAGAAUCGUCCAUACCUACUAUGCCAUUUUUCCCACCAUACAUGUUGUCUCCAGAUAAUCCCUACUAUCAGCAGUUAAUGAGAUGUCAGGUAGCCGCAGUGGCACAGGCUCAAGCCCGACCUGGCUUAUUGCCCUCACAGACAACUGCUAACCUAGCAGCGUCAUUGCAAGCAGUGAGUCAGGGGGUAUCACAGGCAGCUACCGGUACAAACGUGCGCUUCAAUCACCCGUUGAUGGUGAUGCAGGAUUCAUUACGGCAAGCUACGCCGCAUACUGCCGCUCAAACAGCUGCUGCCGGGACACAGAUACAUCCUAUUGCUACAGAUGGUGCAUCAAAAGUUUCCACAGCGUUAUCUAACAGCAUGGUUACCAUGGCAGCAGAGAAAACACCUCACCAGGCUGGAAUGUCGGUCAGCGCCGUGGCGGCAGUCGCUAGCAGUCUGUUUACAGCAGCUACACAGAACUUACACGUUCCACAGAUAGGGCAACCGGCGCCCAACGCAGCCAGUAACACACCCGUCAGCAACCCAAAUGCUUCUCCACGUCCUAGCAUACUCAGAAAGAGAACAAAUGAAGGUGUAUCAGCAGUAAAGAAACAGUUGGCAAUGACUACAGAAGUUCACAGUCCAAGACCGGAGGCGCGGCCAGACAGUACUCCACAGUCCAAUAUGAGCUCACCAAAAACACCAGCCUCUGGGUUGAUCAAAACUGAACCACAAAGUUUAGGUCCGAGAGAAUCUCCAUUUUCUGAGAGUCAAUCAUCGACAGACACUGCUCUCUCGAGCGAGGCGACCACACCGACACAACCUCAUGAUAAAGUUAAACAGGAAAUACAUGAUCCACAUGAAAAUGGUUAUGCCAACAAUACACCCGAAGCAUCACCAAGGAAAAGACGGAAACAGCUUUUACAAGCGACAGAAGAAAUUAAAGACACACCAGUGAGUGUGUUUGACAAAUUGGUGGAGGCAUGUGUGAAGGAAGACCUGGAAUGUAACAAUUACAACAUGGAAGACGAGGAAGAAGACUUGUUCGAUGAAGAUGAUGAUGAUUUAUUAUCAGACGACAAUAGAGGAGAAAUUAGAGACGAAUAUGUAGAUGAAGAAGGAAUAAGAUGGACGUUGGAGAAAUGUCGACCAGGCGUAGCAUUAUUAAAUUAUUACAAUAUUUCAUGGAAACCCAGAAAUAAUCAUUUUAACAGAUAUACAGAUGUUAAAGCUAAAGACGAGCGUCGUCCUACAGUGAAUGAGCUUUCUAAUCAAAAAGGGGUAAUACAGAAAGCAUCAGGUUGGAAGUUGUAUCAUAUGGCAGCACAAAUAGAAGAUCUGUUUGAGUUAGAGAAAGAAUUGAAUAACCAGUUAACCAGUCUACAGGCAGCUAUAGGACCAGAACCUCCACUGAAAACCAGUCUGCUGGAAGAUGAGUCAGGAAUGAUACACGAACUCACUCAGGGUAACAUUCAGAGAUGCAAGUUAAUAUCAGAUCAGUUGAACGAUGCAAAAGCUCAAAUGUUGAAAGUGCUAGACCACAAACCUAAAAUCUCAGAAAUCAUCACAAAGCAUAUAAGCAAAAGACCGAUCAAAAAGAAAGAGAGGACGUGAUACAGACAACAUUUUUAAUUCCAUCUCAUCGUGUAAAUUAUCCAUCCAACAUACCAUUUCCAUCAACGUGACAAGAAAUCAAGACGUCUCCGUGUUUUGUGUGGUUAUUUUUUUUUGUUCACAGAAUGAUUGGCCAUAAGCGAUGUGUGAUAGUAAAUUAAGUACAAAGAAUUUACAUUAAUUAAUAAGUCUAUAAACUGGUUUAUUUAGGAGAUAAGUUAGUACCUGACUGGUGUCAAAUAUUGUAUUUCUAGUAAUAACACCAAAUAUUUUACCAGUUGCAUUUAAAAAAUUGCUUUUUUUUUUUUUUACUUUUCAAGGGAAGUUGCUCUUACUUCAUUGUAAAAAAAAAAAAAAUCCAAAAAUUUUCUUUCCUACCUACCCUAUUUUUUGGGGGCAUGUUACAGGAAACAAACUUUUUAUACCCCCACCAAACAUGUUUGAGGGGGGUAUAUAGGAGUCAGUUUUGUCGCGUCCCGUCCCGUCCCGAAAUCAAUUAUCUCAGUUAUUACCAAAUGGAUUUGAUUCAAACUUAAAAUACAUGUUCCACCUUAUCACCCACAUCAUGUGACACAAGGUGCAUAACUCUGACACCAAGUUUUCAUGAAUUAUGUCCCCUUUUACUUAGAAUUUAAGGUUAAUUUUGUUGUAUUUUCACUAUAUCUCAGUUAUUACUAAAUGGAUUUGAUUCAAACUUAAAAAAGAUGUUCCACCUCAUCACCCACAUCAUGGGACACAAGGUGCAUAACUCUGACACCAAUUUUUUAUGAAUUAUGCCCCUUUUUACUUAGAAUUUAAGGUUGAUUUUGAUGUAUUUUCACUAUAUCUCAGCUACUACUGAAUGGAUUUGAUUCAAACUUAAAAUAGAUGUUCCACCUCAUCACCCACAUCAUGUGCCUACAUCAUGUGACACAAGGUGCAUAACUCAGACACCAAGUUUUCAUGAAUUAUGUCCCCUUUUACUUAGAAUUUAAGUUUAAUUUUGUUGUAUUUUCACUAUAUCUCAGUUAUUACUAAAUGGAUUUGAUUCAGACUUAAAAUAGUUGUUCCACCUCAUCACCCAGAUCAUGUGACAUAAGGUGCUUAACUCUGACUUAAAUUUUUUAUGAAUUAUGUCCCCUUUUACUUUAAAUUUAAGGUUGAUUUUGAUGUAUUUUCACUAUAUCUCAGUUAUUACAAAAUGUAUUUGAUUCAAACUUAGAAUAGAUGUUCCACCUCAUCACCCACAUCAUGUGACACAAGGUGCGUAACUCUGACACCAAUUUUUCAUGAAUUAUGCCCCUUUUUACUUAGAAUUUAAGGUUAAUUUUGAUGUAUUUUCACUAUAUCUCAGUUACUACUGAAUGGAUUUGAUUCAGACUUAAAAUAGGUGUUCCACCUCAUCAUGUGACACAAGAUGCAUAACUCUGACACCAAUUUUUCUUGAAUUGUGUCCCCUUUUACCUAGAAUUUAAGGUUAAUUUUGAUGUAUUUCACUACCGGUAUAUCUCAUUAUGAUUGGCUUAGAGCCAAAGGGAAGUAACCUUUUUUGAACUUUUGUACUGAGUUUCUUCCCUUUAAAUUCCAGGAAUUAGUCUAUUUUUAGAAAUCCUAUAUUUAGAUUUUCAAUAUUUUAGGUAUUUUUCUAACUUUUUUAUUAUAAGUCCUAUGUAAAAAGUAAAUACAUUUUUCUGCGGUAGCAUGGUCGGUAAGACACUUUUUUGUAUUCACUUUUAGUGUAUCUCUAAUAUUAGAGAUUUUUUAUAUUUACUAGUAUUACUUAUAUGUGGAAGCCCAGGAUGAAGUACUCCAAAGACUAAGUAUUUUUAAGAUUUCUUAUGGUUGCCAUUCUUCUGUGACAAGACCUUAUGGUGGGGGUAUGAGUCACUCCUGUGACAGUUCUAGUUUUUUUAGGACUUAUCGGUAAUUAUAAUAGAAUACUCUCAUCAGAUUCUAACCACCAGGAUUGAAACUAAGUUAAGUGGUAGAAAUUUCAGAAGAAAAACAUCAAAUACACUUUCAACAAGUUUGUUGACUGGUUAUAUUGAAAGUUAUUGAUAUAUUUAAUUGCGGAAAAAUAUAGUAUUUGAAAUACAGUACCAGCUGUAUUAUUGCCACACGUUUGAACCAGUCGGGGAUUCUUUGCCAAAAUUAUAUGUAUUUUAUUCCAUAAAGGAGAAAUGAUUUCUGUAUUUUUCAGUGAAGCUUUAAGAAUACUGGUUAAGUUUAUUAUUUGUGUUUGAAAGAUAUGUAUAUUUGUCUAUAAAUCUUAAUUAUUAUGAAUAAACUAUGUAAUAUUUAAAUGAUAAAAUGUUUUUAGAUGAUGAAAA